ACACUUGAUGAUGAUACCAUAGCUCCAACUCUUUUCUUAUUCCUCUCUUCCCUUUUCUUUUGUAUAGUAAGACUAAACUUUUUUUUGUCCUUUCUGGGCAGGUCAUUAGAUUGGGUUUAGUAUUUUCUUUUCUUUUUUUUUCCCAUUUUAUGGUACCAAAAGGAAUGAAGAACAUUAAGAAAAGAAAAUUAAAUUAGAGCUCUAAGCUGGAGCUAGCUGUGGGCCUAAUAACUUGAUAUUUACUAAUUGGGCUAAUUCCUGGCCUAUCAUCAUCUACAGGGCGUAAAGUUUGAUGGCCCAAUGUCCUUUUACUCAGUUUUUGGGCUAAUCGAAGCUGUCUCUGGCAAAUUACCCUUUUCAAAACCAUUCUUUCAAGCUUUUCAUCAAACAAGUAGCGAACUCUGAAGAGAAGCAUGCCGAUUAGAAAUAAGGCUGCCAAGAACAUCGUCGAUGGCUCUCUUCCUCAGCAGCCAGAUUGCUAUGAAGGGGAACGUCUCGUUCGCGUGCUUAAAUCAAUCCAAAGAGGGGUAGAGUCAGCAAGAGAAUUGGCUGGAAACUCCUUCCCUGAAAAAAUAUGGCUUAAGCAACAAUUUGCAAUUGGUGUUAAUGACGUGACACGUGUACUUGAACGGAUGGCGCCCAUUGCUGACAAGGGGAGCUCUGCACAAGCCCCUUGCGUUAGGCUUCAGGCCAUUUUGUUAGCUGCUGAUUGCAAUCCACGGUGGUUAACGAAGCACCUGCCGACCUUGGCUUCAUCAAGAAAGGUACCAUUGAUCUUUGUUAAAGAUAAUAAAAAGGGAUCUUUAAGAUUGGGUGAGCUCGUCAAGCUAAAGACAGCCAUUGUAAUUGGAGUGAAGGCUAGAGGAAAUGCAAUCAAUCAGAUAAUCGAGGAAAUUCUUGAUGGAGGUGAAGUGAAUGAUGGAGCAUUGCUUGAAGUCCAUUGAGAUGCCUUGGCGACAAUGUUUAGUAACCUGCCUGCCAGUCACUGGCCCUCGGAGUAGAAUGGAAUGGAUGUCACUACUUGGCAAAGUUGGAAAUGCUUGGCUGUAAAUCCUGAGAGCUCAUUUUCCCUGGUUAGAUGCCUGAUGUGGUAAAUCUUGACAGCGGUUGUAAAUGAAGACAUCUAUUCUGGAAUUAUUAACUUUUAACUUACAGAAAUGGAUACUAUUUUGCCA